UUGAACAAGUGACAGCCAGUUUACGUAUCCAAUAGGCAGCCACCACCUUUUUUCUUCUUCAAAAUUCUCUCUCUCUCUCUCUCUCUCUCUCUCUCUCUCUCUUACAGUAGCACCAAAGAUUUUAAUACCUUCCGUGCCUGCAUCAGAAAGCAGGCAACAGUAAAGCUCCGUCUUUCUUUCCUUUGGAGUCUUCCUGCUGAUUUCCUAGUUCUUCCUUGUUGGGUUUCUCUUCUUAUGUCCACUGUGGUGAAGGCGGAUUGUUUGCCUUCUUCAGCCUUCUGAUUGAUUUGGGGGGCAUCUUCGGAUCUGAAAGGGAGUUCCUUUGGAAAUCAGUGGGAGAAGGGCCUCCUUCAUAUUCCAGGUUCACCACAACUUAUAAGAAAGUCAUUCCCUUCUCUUGUUUGGCUGGAAAAGGAAAAAAGAAAGAGAAAAAGAUUCUUCAAAGUGAUUUUAUAAAGGAGUUAUUCUUCUUCCGAAUCACAGCUUCCUUUUGGACCAUCCAGACUUCCUUCUGGAGCUCUGAAGUUUUGGUUGCCCUUCCUCCUCAGUCCAUAAAAGCUGAAAAUUCUGUUGGUCCUGGUUCGGUAGAUGGCUGAAGUUAUAUCUUCCCAGAAAAAACACAUUAUGGGUGGAAAUUUGGUGCUCUAUGAGAGCAUGAAGAAGUAUGAGAGAGAUUUUGAUUCUAACUCCAAUUAUGGCCGCAGUUCAUUCUGGACUCUAACAGAGAACAAGAUCUUUGAGAAAGCUUUGGCCAUGUAUGACAGUAAAACGCCAGAUAGGUGGCAGAAGAUAGUGGCCAUGCUCCCCGGGAAGACGCCUUCCGAUGCCUAUAAACAUUACCAGGUUCUUGAAGCAGAUGUUAAUUCCAUAGACGAAGGAUUGGUUGAUAUUCCUAGCUACAGCACUUCAUCUUUCACACUGGAGUUAGGAGAUGAUCGCGAUGGAUUCAAGAGGAGAGUGAAGGGCUGUGAGCAAGAGAGGAAGAAGGGCGUCCCUUGGACUGAAGAAGAGCACAGGCUGUUUUUAUUGGGCCUUGAGAAAUAUGGGAAAGGAGACUGGAGAAGUAUCUCAAGGAACCUGGUUGUCACAAAAACUCCAACGCAGGUGGCCAGCCAUGCCCAGAAAUAUUUCAUCAGGCUGAGUUCAGGAAGCAAAGACAGAAGAAGAUCUAGCAUACACGACAUCACAACUGCAAACGUUUCAGACAAAAGGCUACCUUCACUCACUCGAUCUUCAGGCCUUGCUACUCAAUCCAGUCCAGGCAGCGCACCUAGCACUCCAAGCGGAUUCUCUCUGCUGUUUGAUCCAAAUCAGACUGGCGAAGGAGCAAUUCUCACGAACUCCGGAGCGUGCCUUUCACAGGGGAGCUUUUCUGUUCCAUCUUAUGCAGUCGGUGCUUAUGCGAACAACUUUGGCACACAACAUUUUCAGAGGAAUAUGCUUCAUGAUUCCCACCUGGUGCAUAAUUCCGCAUUUCAGAUGCAACCUGCAAUUCACAGUUAUCAAGGGUAGUGUCAUGGAAAUUCUUACAGUAAAUAGUAUAUUCAUCUAGUGAAGCAACACCGGCAUUGAUGUCUAGGACUCUGUUUCUUGUCAAUGGUAAUGUUGAUGGGAGCUCUAUUAUGAAUUCCAAAUAUUUCAGCUUAAGUGGACGACGAUGGAUUGUGUUGUAGUUGAAAAACCAAUGUUCCCCGAUGUUUGCAGCUCUGUGGGUUUCAAGAGGGGAAAUGUCAUAUUAAAGAAACGAAGUAAUGUUCCAUUUCAAGUUUGCUAUAUGAGAUGUUUUAACUUGUUCUGCUUU